UCUAUCCCUCUCUCUAAAAAGAACAUACAGAUACAGGCCCUCGCUUUCUCUCUCUCUCCACAUAUCUUUUCUAGCUUUCUUUCUUUGAGACUUUUGAGCUUCUCUUCUUCUUGUCUGCGGAGAAGUGACACUGCUGUUUAGAGCUAUACAUUCACCAUUUAAAAUUGUAGAAAAACUGACAACUAAACAAUCCUGCAGGUUCAUACUUGGCUUAGAAUCCCAGACAGAGUUUUGGAAAUUCACUUGCUCUCUUUCCUGGGAUUUAUGCGGACAUAACAAUCACUUGUAAUUUAAGUAGUGCAUAUAUGGUAGUCACCUUAAGUUAGAAUUUGUGUUAUUAUUUUAUUGCAUAUAAAUAUGCCUUGGUGGGGAAAGACAUCAUCCAAAGAAGACAAGAAGAAAACAAAUGGAAGUAUCAUUGAUGCAAUACAUCGAAAAUUCAAGAUUGCUUCGGAAGAAAAAGACAAUAGUAGAUCAGGAGGUUCUUGGAGACGGGGUAGUGACACUGUUUCAGAGAGGGGAUCCAUAUCACGGGUGCCGUCAAGGUCACCAUCGCCUUCCACACAUGUUUCGCGCUGCCAAAGUUUUGCAGAAAGGCCUCAUGCCCAACCGCUUCCACUUCCUGGGGCGCGCCAUGCUGGCAUUGGACGUUGUAAUUCUGGAAUUAGUGCAUCAAUAAGACCAAGACUGGAUGGAGGUUUGAAGCCUUUGGAUUUGCCUCUUCCAAAACCUGGAUGUGGCCCUAAUAGAUUAGGACAUGCUUACACUGAGGGUGAUAUAGCUACAGCUUCUGUUUCUAGUGCUAGCUCCACUGACAGUGACUAUCCAUCUGAUUCACGAAUCCUUAGCCCCCUCACAUCUGACUAUGAAAAUGGAAACAGAACUGCUACAAACAGUCCUUCGAGUAUGAAGCACAAAGAUCAAUCCCAUAUUUUCAGUCCAAAGUACUCAAAAGAGAUAUUGAAGCCUGCUGACUUUUCACUCAAUAAUCAGAUUCCUUCUACAUCACCAAGACGGGCUCCUUUAAGCACUCAUGUACAAAAUAUGCAGAUUCCUCAUCGAGGUGCACUCUACAGUGCUCCAGACAGCUCAUUGUCAAGUCCUUCUAGAAGCCCAAUGAGAGCAUUUGGACCUGAGCAAGCUAUUAACUGUGGAUUAUGGGCAGGGCUAGGCUCUGGACAUUGCUCAAGUCCAGGUUCUGGUUAUAACUCUGGGCAUAACUCAAUAGGUGGAGAAAUGUCAGGACAGCUGUUUUGGCCAAAUAGUAGAUGUAGCCCCGAAUGUUCUCCAAUACCUAGUCCCAGAAUGACAAGCCCUGGUCCCGGCUCCAGAAUACACAGUGGUGCUGUCACCCCUCUGCAUCCACGAGCUGGAGGUGCUUCCAUGGAAUCACCUACAAGCCGGCCUGAUGAUGGGAAGCAACAAAGUCAUAAGUUGCCCCUCCCGCCGAUAACAAUCUCUAAUACUUGCCCCUUUUCACCUGCAUAUUCAACUGCAACAUCUCCUUCAGUGCCCCGAAGUCCUAAUCGGGCAGACAAUCCAACAAGUCCUGGUUCACGUUGGAAGAAGGGUCGUCUGCUGGGGAGAGGCACGUUUGGACAUGUGUAUCUGGGGUUUAACAGUGAAAGUGGGGAGAUGUGUGCAAUGAAGGAGGUAACUCUAUUUGCAGAUGAUCCAAAAUCAAAGGAAAGUGCACAGCAGCUGGGACAAGAAAUUGCAUUGUUAAGUCGGCUGUGGCACCCUAAUAUAGUGCAGUAUUAUGGAUCUGAAACGGUUGAUGAUAAAUUAUAUAUAUACUUGGAGUAUGUUUCGGGCGGUUCCAUCUAUAAACUUCUUCAAGAGUAUGGUCAGUUUGGUGAAAUAGGCAUUCGUAGUUACACUCAACAAAUCUUGUCCGGGCUUGCUUAUUUGCAUGCUAAAAACACUGUCCACAGAGAUAUUAAAGGAGCAAAUAUUCUUGUAGACCCCAGUGGCCGCGUGAAACUGGCAGAUUUUGGGAUGGCAAAACAUAUAACUGGGCAGUCUUGUCCACUAUCAUUCAAGGGGAGUCCCUACUGGAUGGCGCCUGAGGUGAUAACAAAGUCGAAUGGUUGCAAUCUUGCUGUUGAUAUAUGGAGCCUUGGUUGCACAGUUUUAGAGAUGGCAACAUCAAAGCCACCAUGGAGUCAAUACGAAGGGGUUGCCGCUAUGUUCAAGAUUGGAAACAGCAAGGAGCUUCCUGCAAUUCCUGAUAAUUUCUCAGAUGAGGGGAAGGACUUCGUGAGGCAAUGCUUGCAACGGGACCCAUCACAUCGCCCUACGGCUGCUCAACUUUUGGAGCACCCUUUUGUGAAAAAUGCUGCUCCAUUAGAGAAACCAAUUUUGGUUGCUGAGCCUUCAGAAGCAAUGCCCAUGGUUAUGAAUGCAGGAAGAUCAAUGGGCAUUGGGCACGCCAGAAACAUUGCAGGCUUUGAUUUAGAAGGGUUUGCUAUCCAUCAAUCUCAAGGCUCAAAAACUGCAGGGUCCAGUGAAAUUCAUACACCGAAGAACGCAUCCUGUCCAGUUUCUCCAAUUGAGAGUCCUCUUCUACAUUCAAGGUCCCCACAGCAUAUGAGCGGACGAUUGUCUCCAUCUCCUAUAUCUAGUCCUCAUACUCAAUCUGGUGCAUCCACACCUCAUACCGGUGGUAACGGUGCAAUCCCAUUUCAUCAUGCAAUGCAGCCAACAACUUACUUACAGGAAAGCAUGGGAAUGAUCCCAAGGUCACAUAACAUUUUGUAUGCCAAUAGCAAUAAUCCAUAUCAGGAUCCCAAGCCUGAUUUUUUUCGAGGGAUGUCACAACCCUCUCAUGUUUUCCGGGAGCUGAUUUCUUCAGAUAAUAGCUCUCUUGAAAACCAGUUUGGACGACCUGGCUAUGCAGACCCCAGGGAACAAUAUAAUAGGCAGCCUGUCUUGGCUGAUCGUGUGUCUCAGCAGCUCCUUAGAGAUCAUGGGAAGCUGAAGCCAUCCCUGGACCUAAAUCCAACCUUCUCAAUGCUUGGCCGUACCAAUGGAAUCUAACUUGCACUGAAAACAAUUUUCAGUACAUUCCUUUAAAGUCAAGAUUGACCAUGUGGUUAAGUUUGGAUCUUCUGAAACCUUGAAUGGCAGAAAAAAUGUUUGGAAGCAGAAUCUGAAUACUUGGAUACAGAGUUCAUAUGAUAACCAAUUUGCAUAAAAUAUGCAUGGAGAUGAUGGAUAGUUGGCAACACUCAAAUUGUUCUCACUUGUGAUGAUUGAUUCAAGAUUUUUACUUGGCAACUAUAAUAUUUCACCUUAUCUUUAAUUAAGCAUGUUUUCAUGUCAGCUGUGAUGGUGCAAAAGCUCAUAUUUGAACAAAUGGUUUAUUCGGAGGAGAAGGUGGCAGCAUUCAGCAGCUCCUUGAAACCGGGAACAUAUAUACUGGUGUAAAGAACUGUAUAUCCUAUUACACUUGAAACGGAGUAAGAAGAGCUAUUACCAUUUCUGAACUUUAAUAGCUUGUCUUUUUCCUUUCACUGUUUUUUGGGUGGAAGGAUAUUGGUGGAAAUUUAAAAAAUUUUGUACAGAAAGUUGGAGUCCAGAUUUUGUCGAACAAUGACGAUCGAGAAUUGGAUGCUUGACCUGAUAUUUUUUUUUGUAUCAGUAUAUGGCAGCUCAAAAACAGAACAGACUAUGCUGCUCUGCUGAUACUAUUGCAUCUACUUUAUCUACAUUAAAUCAAAUUGACGACAUCUAAUUUAACCA